AUGGCUCUCUCAAUGAGAAAUGACGUCUCUAGCAGAAUCUUGGAUAUUAGCAGACGCUCCAUUGCAAUAGGGGUGACAACGGCAGGGGCGUCGCUGGCAUCGCGCCUCGUCUCCUCGUUAUUUCAUCCCAGGCGGGCCAAAAAGGCGACAGACACACCUUUUAAAAGUGCGGUCACUGCCGGUGCAACAGCCGCUUUAUCAAAUCAGCUGUCGGAGUGUACAACCAUGGCGCUAAAUGGGGCGACCCAGAGCCAUGGGGUCCUCAACAACAUGGCAGCCGCCGCCGUCAGUGCAGCAGUGCUAUCUCAGCUUACUCACCAGCAAUCGCUUCGCAGGGUUGCGCUUGCCCCUGUACACGUGGGUUUAUCCUCUAUGCUCUUUACCGAAGAACCCCUGCACUCCCGUCUUCCCUUGCAAAUAAACAAGAGGUACUUUGGGCUCAGACAGUUUCUACUCGAUCCACCCAUAAGGAAGUCGGAUGGUCAGCAGCCUUAG